AUGAAAAGUGGUGGCAGUUCACCAAAGAUAUCCUAUUUCUGGGCAACAUUAUGCGGCCUUCUUAGUUCGAGCUGCUGCAUUAUUCAAUUACUAUUGAACAUGUUUUCCAUUGGUUGCGCCGGAUUCAGUCUUCUUACACCUUACCGACCAGUAUUUCUUAGCUUUACUGCAAUAUUGAUAACCACCACAAUAUUUCAAUACGGACUUAGAUCCAAAAGAGCAUUAGUGACAAUUUUAAUUUCAAUACUAUUAUGCACAUCUCCUGAAUUCGUGUCGUUUUAUAACCAAAGCAAUAUUUCCAUGACUAAAUUGUUCUCGACCGCACCUCUAUCAGACAAUUCAAAUGAACAAAUAGAAAUCUUUAUCCUUCAACUUAAUGGUAUUAGCUGUGAAGGAUGUGCCAAUCGAAUAAAGAAUAAUUUUGAUGCACAACCUCAUGUAAUUUAUUCAAAGGUUUAUUUUAAAAAUCAAUCCGCAAUAGUUGGCACUCUUCCCGGAAUUUAUGAAGCAAAUGAUAUCUUGACAUGGGUCAAAAUGAUUGAUUUCAAAUACGAAGGAAAAGUUAUUCAACAAUAUAUCGUACUUAAAGAAGACUUAUUAUAA